AUGGAUGAAGGAUGUAAAUAUUUGUACUAUAGCAUGGAUAAUAAUGUAACUAAAGAUAGAAAAUAUAAUAAUGAUGAUAAAUUAAAAUUUUACAAAAAAUUAUUGAAAGAAUUUAUUAUUUCUCAAGAAGGAGUGACUUCCAAUUAUACUAAUAUUUUAGAAAUUAAUGUAGAUAUACUUGAAGAAAACAAUAAUUUAAUAGAAAUGUAUGAUAAUUUUGAUAAUUUUAAGAAUAGUUUAAAGAAUAAAAAUGGGAUACCUUGUAAAUAUGCUGAAAAAUGUAUUAAUAUAUAUGAAAAAUCUAUAAAAAAAGAAAAAUUUAAGGAACAAUUGUUUCCUUCAAAAUUAAAUGAAUUUAAGGAAAGAUAUUAUAAACAUAUGGAAGAUUAUUACCCCUGUGACAAUUUACAAAAUUUUUUCCGUAUAUCGGAAGGAGCAAUCAGAAGAUCAUAUAUAAACCAUAAAAAAAUUAAAAAGGAAAGAUCCAUUAAUGAAUUAUUACAGGAAUCAGAAAAUUUAGAAAAUAAUUCGUAUAGGAGAACAUACAAAAUCGCCUAUAGUUUGUCGGAAUAA